ACCCUUCCCGAAGCGCUACAUGGCUAAUGACCGAGCGAUAUUAUGAGGCGAUAGCUACGCAGUACAUUCAUAGACUCUUCUGUUUAAGUUGCAUUCACUUCUGUCUGAUAUAUCUGAUGUGGAGCAGAAUACUGAGUCCUCGUGUGAUUAGUAGAACAGGUUUUUGUUGGAGGAGUCUCUACACUAUGCAGCUGAAGACCAGUGAGUUCCAGUCUCUGUUCACUGAUGGACUGAAUGGACUAGCAGAGGUGUUUGAGAAGCACCAGCAUGAGCUGAGGAUAGCUGGAGGUGCCGUACGGGACCUGCUGUCUGGGAAGCGGCCUGAAGAUGUGGACUUUGCCACAACAGCCACUCCAGAGGAGAUGAAGCGCAUGUUCCAAACAGCUGGCAUCAGGAUGAUCAACAAUAAAGGAGAGAAGCAUGGGACCAUUACAGCAAGGAUACACAACGAGAACUUUGAGGUGACCACACUGCGAGUGGAUGUUCAGACGGAUGGACGUCAUGCAGAGGUGGAGUUCACCACUGACUGGCUGAAAGACGCCGAACGGAGAGACCUCACCAUCAACUCCAUGUUUUUAGCUCUCGAUGGCACAUUGUACGACUAUUUCAAAGGAUAUGAAGACCUUCAGAACCGCAAAGUUCGGUUUGUGGGCAGCGCUGAGCAAAGAAUCCAGGAGGACUACCUGAGAAUACUGCGAUAUUUCAGGUUCUACGGCAGGGUGGCUUUGGAGCCUGACGACCAUGAGCCAGAGACGCUGACCGCCAUCAGAGAAAACGGCCGUGGACUGGCAGCAAUAUCAGGAGAACGGAUUUGGGUGGAACUAAAAAAAAUGGUGGUUGGUAACCAUGCCGCUCAUCUGCUGGAGCUGAUCUACAGGCUCGAACUGGCUCAGUACAUCGGUUUACCUCCAGAUGGCGAUGUUGAGGAGAUGCAACAAGUGUGGCAGAAUGCCAAAGACCACUCUCCCAAACCCAUGACCAUCCUGGCUGCUCUCUUUCAUAGCCCAGAGGAGGUGGAAAAGAUGGACAUCCGACUGAAGGUGUCCAGGGAAGAGAAGAAUCUGGCUCUGUUCCUGGUCAAAUACAGACGGGAGCUCGGAAAGAGCAAAGACGAGCCGGGCAGCCUCAGACCCUUCACUGACUUCAUCAUUGAUAGUCGGGAGCUGGAUUCUCAGAGUAAAGUUGUUGAACUGCUGAAGUAUCAAGGUGAGGAGAAGCUGCUGGAAGAGCUCUGCAGAUGGUCCGUCCCCCGGUUCCCCGUGAGCGGCCACGACCUGAGGAGGAUGGGCGUAAUGUCGGGCAAGGAGAUAGGAGCCACCUUACAGAAGCUCCGCGACAUCUGGAAGAAAAGUCAUUAUCAGAUGGACAAAGAUGAACUCCUCAGUUAUGUAAAGCCUUGAAUGAAGAGAAAAGCAGAGGUGUGUUUGUGUCAGACAGCAGUAAUAGUGCGGACACCUGAUGCUGUGACUGUGCUGCUCACAGGUACUGAGGCAUUUUACUGAUAGAGGGCGCUACAGUAAGUGAGACAUCUAUACCCACUGAUGAAUGCAGUUUCACUCUAAACUACCACACGGCCACUUUUGUUCAUCAGCAUUGGCAUGCACAUUUGAAGAGAUAACACACAAUAUGCUCUCAGCAUCACGGCUGCCACCAUAUGAGAACGUGUGUAAUGAACAACAGCUGCUGAUUUCACCCUAUGUGUUAUUACAGAGCCCUGCUGUUUAUUUAAGUUCCUCAGAUAAACGGCUGAUACUCUACUGAUGCUCAGCCAAUUAAAAGCUAAACCUUGCCAUUUAUUCACUGGUUGGACGAGUGUGAUGAAGGUGACGCUUUGAAAAUAAUCCUUUUCGUGGUUAAAACCAUAAUGGAAAGCAGAAGUUUGAUUGUGAUAUUUGGUUUUCUCUUAAGUUGAACUGCAGUUAUAAAUUAUUUUUUGUUUUUACUGAAGAAAAUAUGUUCUGUCAACAGUGAUAUGCUUUUUAAUUAAAAGGGCAGAUUCUUUUGUUUGCAGCUCAUUAUGCUGCAGAUUACAAACUUAUGGCGGAUGUGUAAAUCCCCUACACUUCAGGCAAGAGCAGUGAGGAAUGUUUUCUGUGUUGGGGUGAGGUUGCUCCUCCCUCCUGCAGAGAUGAGGAGAUAUAAAGCCCUGUGCCUUCAUUUACUAACACCUCAGUUUCUG